AUGGCCUCCAAGCUCAUCACCAUAAUCGCGGGUGUCGGCCCCGGCACCGGGGCAGCCGUCGCGCGUAAAUUCGCCAAAACCUAUCCCGUCGUGCUGAUGGCGCGGAAUCCCUCGAACUACGACUCCCUGGUCGAGGAGAUCAACAAGAGCGGCGGCAAGGCCGUGGGGAUCAGCGCCGACAUAUCAGACGAGGCGAGCGUGAAGAAGGCGUUUGGGCAGAUUGCGGAGGAGUUUGGAGGCGAGGUGGCAUGUGCUGCCGCCGUCUUCAACGCCUCGGGCAAAUUCGUCCGCAAGCCCUUCCUCGAGCUCUCCCCCUCCGACUUCGCGACCGGGUAUGCCGUCUCGGGCCACGGCGCCUUCCUCUUCAGCCAGUCGACCCUGCCGCUCCUCCUGCGCUCCGUCGACCAGUCUCCCCAGUACCCCCCGACGCUCAUCUUCACGGGCGCGACCGCCUCGCUCAAGGGCGGCGCCCAGAUGAGCAGUUUCGCGGCGGGCAAAUUCGCGCUGAGGGCGCUGGCGCAGAGUCUGGGGAGAGAGUUUGGUCCGAAGGGGGUGCAUGUUGCGCAUGCGAUUAUUGAUGGGGUGAUUGACAUUCCGAGGACGAAGGAGUGGUUGCAGGGAGCGGGGCCGGAUGCGAAGAUCAGUGCUGAUGCGAUUGCGGAUGCGUACUGGUUCCUGCAUACGCAGCAUCGGAGCUGCUUCACGAACGAGAUUGAUAUCCGGCCAUUUGUCGAGAAAUGGUAG